UUGUAACGUGGACUUAUUUUUACGGUUAAACCCCCAACGGGACUGAAUACAUACAAUACAUUACCCAAAUUCUCUUUCCUUCUUCAAAUUCAUGCAUCACAACAACAACAACGCACCGUGAGUUGCAGAUCGGAUCACGCUCUUACGGCGGAACACGGCGGAGCACAGUCGCUGCCGAACAACAUUGCCGUUUGAUACUUCCAUUCUCGCUCAAGGAUGUCUGUUGAUGCGGAAUUUCCCAAUGGUCCAUUCAUCUUAACUGAUGAAAAAUUGCCUGAAGUGGCGAAUUCAGCUGUUGCAUGUGAAAAUGCAUCUAGCAGUGGCGCUCUUGUGUCUACAAAAGAAACUUUGAACUGCCCUGCUGAUAAGGGUCAAAUGGAACAUAAUCCAGUCUCAGAGAUAACGGGCAUUGAAGAAAUGAAUGGCGAAUCCGGUGGUUCAGACAAAAAAUAUGAUGACGAAAAAUUAAGUAACGGGAGUGCAGAAGCUGCAAAUGCAGGCAACAGUGGAGACAAGUUACAAUGUGACCAAAGUGUGACAACUGAAAAUGCAGACACUGAUGGUGGUCAAGGUGCACUGAGCAUGGUCGCUGAAAUCACAGGUGUCAAUGAAAGAGGAGGUGAUUUUAAUGGUGUUGUUAAUUUAAUAUGUGAAGAAAGUGCAAAUACUGAUAAGGUAGAGAGAAAUGGCCAUAAGGUACCUAGCACAGAGAUUAAAGCCUUUGAAGAAAUUAUGGGUGAAUCUAGUGGUUCAAGGGAAAAUGAUAAGAGCGUGGAUGCUGAAAAGGGGGAUAUCAACAAUUCAAUGGAUAUCGACCCUGUUACUGAGACAAUGGAAGAAGGCAUGGAAGGAAUGAGAGGCGAAUCUAGUGGCCCUCACAGAAGUAAUGAUGACGGAAGAUUAAGUGAAGAAAGUGCAGAUACUGAAAAGGUAGAGAGCGAUGGCCAAAUUGAACCUAUCACUGUUACAGAAAUUAAAGCCGUUGAAGAAAUUAGCAGUGAAUCUAAUGGUUCAAGUAAAAAUGAUAAGAGUCUGGAUGAUGAAAAGGGGGAUAUCAACAGUUCAAUGGCUAUCAACCCUGUUACUGAGACAGUAGGCAUGGAAGAACUGAGAGGUGAACCUAGUGGCCCUCACAGAAGUAAUGAUGACAAAAUAUUAAGUGAAGAAAGUGCAGGAUCUGAAAAAGCAGACAGCAGUGAAGACAAGUCACUCUCUGACCAAUGUGAGAAUGCUGGAAAUGAAGACAGUAACAGUCAAUCGGCACCCAACAUGAUCACAAAAAUCAAAGGCAUCAAUGAAAUAGGAAGUGAUUUUAACUGUGAUGUCAAAUUAGUAUGUGAAGGAAGUGAGGAUACUGAGAAGGUAGAGAUCAAUGGCCAAAGGGAACCUAGCACUGUUACAGAGAUUGGAGAAAUUAGGUCUGAAUCUAAUGGUUCAAGUAAAAUUGAUGAGAGCACAGAUGCUGAAAAGGCUGGUAGCAACAAUUCAAUGGCUACCAACAUUGUGACUGGGAUCAGUGGAUUAGAAGGUCAGUCUAAUGGUGUAGAGAAAAUUAAGAAUAGUUCUGAGAUCACCGCAAUAGACGUUGAGUCUAAUGGUGCAGAGGAAAUAAGUAAUGAUAAAUUAGUACACCAAGAGAGCACAGAGAUUGAAAAAGCAGACAGCCAAUGUCAAAAGAUUUCCAAUAGCACAAGUGAAAUCCAAGGAAUUGAAGAUAUAGAAGGUGAAUCUGAUGUCACAAACAAAAGGACUGAUGGAAACUCAACAUCUGAAGAUAGAAAGGAUGGUGAAGUAGCGAAUGAUAGCCCUCCAGCUCAUAAAGGUGAAAUCCUUUGCAGCAUUGAUGCUGUCGCAUCUGGAAAGGAGAGCGUGAAUAGCUUGGAUGAUGAUGUUCAAAAUGUGUGCAACACAGUCUUCGACACUAUAUGCAAUGAAGAAAUUGCAAGUAAAUUUGAUGGUGACAAAGAUAUAGAUGGCAAAGUGAUGCACCAAAGAGAUGAGGGUUCCGGAAGAUUGCAUGCUGAUGGUCUAGCUAGUGAAGGGAAGUCCAGUGAUGCUGAACUUUCACGUGGCCCCUCUGUUUUGGCUGAUGCAAGGUUGUCUGAAGUAGAGAAUUCUUUUACUUCGAUCAGCAGAGAUAUGUCUAGCAAUGAUGCUAUUGCAUUGGGAAAUGAAGCUAGUAAUAGCUGUAUUUCUCAUGGUCAAAGUCCAGCUGAUAUGGUUCAAGAGAUCAUUGGUAAAGCAAUAGGAAGUGAAUCUAAUGAUGUGGACAGAAGCAGCAAUGACAAAUUGAUGUGUGAAGACUUUGAGGAUGACAAAUGUUUCACUUGCAGUAGUCCAGCUGCUGAAGGGAUGUCUUGUAAUGCUGAGUUUUCCCAAGGCCUAUCUACUUCCGUUGAUUCAAAAAUUUCUGAAGUUGGUAAUUGUUGUGCUUCAAAUACUGAAAACCUGUCUAGCAACGACGCUGUUGUGGAUGAAAAUGAAGAUUUGAAUAGCUCUACUGAUGACUCCCAACUGCUGGGACCUAACUUGAUCAGAGAGGGUAGUGGAGUUGAAAAUUUGGAAGGUGAAUUAAAUGGUGGUGAUGACAGUAUAAACAACGGAACACUUCACAAAAAAUGUGAGGAUCCUGAAAAAUCACACAACAAUUCAGAUAAUGUGGGGGUGCAUAGUGAUGCUGAAUUUUCUAUCGACCAAUCUGUUUUAGCUGAUGUGAAAUUGUGCAAAGCUGGAAAUUCUUCUGCUUCAAGCAUUAAAGAUGAGUGCCGCGAUGUUGUAUGUGGAAAUAAUUUGAAUGACCCCAUUCGUGAAUGUAAAAUGGUGCCCAAUAUGGCUAUAGAGUUCACUGACAUUGAGAAAGAAGGUGAAUCUACUAGUGUUGCGGACCAAAUCAGCGAUGACAAAUUCAUACAUGAAAGUGAGGAUGCUGAAAAACCACCGAGCAUAAAUAUUGAUGAAAGGAUGUCUUGCAAUGAUGAAAGUAGCCACGAUCAGGCUACUUUGGCUGAUUUAGAGUUAUCUGAAGCGGGAAACACUUCAAGCAGUAGAGAUGUUUCUAGCUAUGAUGCUGCAACAUUUGAAAAUAAGACUUUGACUUGCCCAAGUGAAAUUGAUGAAGAGUCAGCCAUCAUGAGCAUAGAGAUUGCAGGCACUGAAGAAAUGACAGGUGGUUCAGACAGGAGUAAUGAUGACAAACUAAUAUGUGAACAAAGUGGGAAUGCUGAAAUUUCAAGCACUAACGAAGUGUUGGCCACUUCGGCUGAAUGUUCCUCUGUGGAUGUUGCAGCUGUAAAGGAUAUGAAUGAGAUUUCAACAAAGGGAUUUUACUUCCUGAUCAGGAUGCCAAGAUUUGACGAUGAAAAGAUCCGAGAACGCAUCAAAGUUGCUGAGCUAACUGUUGACGAGAAAACACAGCAUAGGGAUGCCUUUAGACAAAAAAUCAGAAACAAAAGAGCCAAUUGCCAAACCCAUGGUGCUGAAUUUGAAGCUGCCAAAGCUCUAGAGAGAGAUGCUAGAAAGCAAGUCAGGACAAAGCGUGCAGAUAUCUCAACACUCCAAGAUAUAAUUGAUAAAGCAAAGAAUGCAGUUGCUGUUAGUGAAAUUGAUAAUAGGAUUUGUAAUAUGGAGCACAUUAUUGGACAUGAAACUGUACCUCUAAAGGAGGAAAAGCUUCUAAUUCGUGAAAUCAAGCAACUGAAGCAGCUUCGUGGACAGCUUUCCUCUAACAUUGGCAACCAGGAUGAAGUGCAGAAGUCUCUGGAUGAGAGAGACGUAAAUGAAGAGCGAUUGAGGGCCUUGAAGAAAGAGCUUGAGAACCUCAAAGUCAAGGUCUCAAAAGCUGAAACAAUUGCGAUGGCAGCUAGCCGAAAAUUUGAAGAUGAGAGUCGAAAGCUCAAAGAAUUGCAAGCACAGUUUAAAGCUGCAGAUGAUAUUCGCCAAGAAGCAUAUGAAGAAUUGCGGAAUUUAAAAAAGGGACUGUAUGAGAAGAAUAUUCAUUUCCGGACGUACAAGGAUAUAGCGACUUUGGCUAGUGAUCAUGCACGAAAGAGAGAAAUGGAGGCUCUUAAUCAUCUCUGUGUGAAUCAGGUUGAAAGGUACAUGGAACUUUGGAACAAGAAUGAUGAGUUCAGAAAGGAUUACAUCAGGUGUAAUACAAGGAGUACAGUAAGGAGAUUUGGGACCUUGGAUGGUGGUUCACUUGGUCCUGAUGAGGAGCCAGCUGUUCUUCCCAGUUACCGGGUGGAAAGAGUUAAUAGGAUGGUAGCUAGUGUAGAUAAAAUUAAUAGUGUGUCACAACCUCCGAUCUCUCAGCAAGGAAAGCAAGUAGUAGUUCUUAAGGAUGAAAUUAAGGAUGACAAUAUUGUUCUGCAAGCAGCGGAAGGGGUGAAACAGGUUGAGAAAACGAAAGAGGCUCGCAAACCAAUUCAAAGAGAGAGUACGGUUGAUGAGCCAAAAGAGGUCGAGCAUCUGCAAAAUGCUCAGGAGCUAGAGGCUGCUAGAAAGGAGGAGGAACUGAGGAAGCGUGAGGAAGAAGUCAGGUUGAAAGAGCAACGGCGGUUGGAGGAGAUUGCAAAGGCUAAGGAGGCAUUAGAAAGGAAAAAACGCAAUGCAGAAAAGGCCCAACUGAGGGCUGAAAUGCGAGCCCAGAAGGAAGAAGAACAGAGACUGAAGGAGAAGGAGAAAAGACUGCGGAAGAGGGAAAGGAAGAAGGGUUCCGUAGGUGAAACCCACAGCGAAAGUAAUGAUGGUGAAACUGCUUUGAUUUCCACCAGCCCAAGAGAAACUGUCAAGGAGUUCGAGGCUGCUGAGCAUUCUCAAACAAUCACUAGGAGAACUCAGAAACCGUCUCAAUAUACAAAACAGAUGAAGACUAAAUCCAUUCCUCCCCCGCUUCGAAUCAAAAGUAAAAGGAAAUGGCAGCAGUGGUUUUGGUUAUUUCUUUCUUGCCUAAUCGUCAUUGCUCUGUUCUUCCUAGGAAACAUCGGCUUCUUCUCCCAUCUGAAGCCGCCAAAAAAACCUGGAUAUUAAGGUCAUUUCAUUACCUUGUUAGAUUUGGCUCGGAGUGAAGACGACAGGUUUGCUUUAUUAUAUCUUAUAGAUGAAGAGAUGAAAGACCAUUCUUUUGUUCUAUAUAUACAUAAUAUGUUGGUUCAUCAUAGUUUUGAACAUUUUUGGUUCUUAAUAGAGUGAUAAGAUUUUUUUUUAAGUAACAGAGAACGUUUUUAUAUUGGUAUUUAUUACUUUAAAAAAAACAGAUACUUAAUAAUCCUAUUGUUCGUAUUGUGCUUAAUGGUAAAGUAUUAUCCAA